AACAGCAGUGGUGGCAGCAGUGGUGGCAGCAGUGGUGGCAGCAGUGGUGGCAGCAGUGGCAGUGACAGCAGCAUCAGCAGCAGCAGCAGCAGCAGAAGAUGACGAUGAUGACGAAGGACUGAACCGCCAUCACUCCUGGGGCUUGGGUUCCAGUGCUUCUUGUACAUAAAUACUUGGGUAAUACUUUGAGCCUACACAUGAGGAAAGGAGCGCUCAGUGUAGCUUAUUCUGUAUAAGCCGUCAAGUAAAAAGAACGACUUUAGGUCGACUGAGAGGAAACCUAGUGUGUACUAAUUCAUCGUAACGUAAAGAAGAGAAUCUCAAGCAUCAAUUACCAACAUGCCACCAAAAAAGAAAGGAGAGAAAGCUAAGGGGAAACGUGGAUCCAAAAAGACUGGCAGUGGACGGGCACAGACUCUCAUAGAUGGCAUACCAAUAAAUACCAUGAGCAAGGAGCAGUUGGAGGGACAUGUAAUAAGGCUACGUAAUGAACUGGAACGAGAAAGAGAGGAAAGAAACUAUGUACAGAGUGAAUUGGAACGUGUACAGAGACUAUGGCAAGUUGCGGCAGAAAACCUGGACAAUAUGCGGGCAGAGCUUAGACACAAGGAUGUAGAAAUUGGAGAAGCUGAGGAGAAGCAUCAACAAGAAAUUAGUGUAUAUCAACAAAAAAUGAAACAUCUAAUGUUCACCCAGGAGAACACCCUGACGCAGCUUCAGGUGGAUAGUGAGCAAGCAUUGUUGAAUCUGCAUCAAGACUCUCUUGCUGAGGAGAGUCGUGUUGUUCAAGAGAGAGAAGACCUGAGGACACAACUGAGAGAUACUGAGAGCAACUACCUGGCCAUCAUUGCUAAUAUGAAAGUGGCUCAUAGCAAGUCUCUGGACUCACUGCGUCAAGAGUUUGAAGCAGAGGCUGCUGCAAUGGAAGCUAAAUCUGUCAAGAGAAUCAAAGCUUUACAGAAUCAACUUGAUCUGAAGCGCAAAACGGAACUUGUUGCGCAAGAAGAAAAAAAGAAUAAUUUUCUGGCUACAAUUAUAUCUAAUCACGAGAAAACUUUUGAGGAGAUGAAAAAGUAUUACACAGACAUUACUGCAACUAACCUCAAGCUCAUCACAGAACUAAAGGCUGAGUUAGCAGAACAAAAGGAACGCGAACAUAAGCUGGAACAAGAAAUGGGUGCUGCCAUUACAAGUCGAUCACGUUUGGAAGAUGAAGUCGCUAAUCUCCGUAAAAAAUUAUUUGACACCCAGCGAUCCGUUCAGCGCUCACAAAGGGACAAGGAGAGUUAUCUGACAAGUCAAGCACAGGUGAAGGUACUAACAAGUGAGAAAGAAGCCUUACAGUGGGAGUUUGAGGUUCUCAACAAGAAAGCUGAAACGAUUGAGCGGGAACGAAAUGAGCUGUAUGAUCACUUUGUUGCUGUAGUCGGAGAAGUGCAGCAACGCAGUGAACUUAGGAAUAUUGUGCUGGAAAAGAGAUUAAACCAGCAGUUGUCGGAGCAUCUGGAGAAGAAGGAAGCUGUUCUCUCUGAAGUUCUCUCAGCUGCUAAUCUGGAUCCCACCUCAUUUAACCACGUCAGCCACCAACUAGAGACAAUUGUUGACGAGAAAAAUCAACUAGUUGGAGGCUUGCGUGAAGAAGUAGCAACUCUGCGACGUAUGUACACAAACCUCAUGGAUAAAUAUCAGUCUACCCUCAGAAGCAAUGCCAAACCAAAGACUACUACUAAAUUUCCCAACAUUUCAAUAUAAACCCAAUCUGUCAAUCACUCCAGCAUUGGUGGAUUUAAAUGGUGUGUUGCCAAGACUAGUGAAGAGAAGAUGUGAUACAGAGGAAGCUUUUAUUGGGACAACAUUUACAGCUUUAUCAAGUCACACAGAAUGCAUGCAUAUACUGUGUUUAAACUCCUUGUGGGGAGUAAGAGGUGAGGUGAGUGUAAUCAUUAAUGUCUGAUGAAUCUUCCAUGAAGUUUUGCAAGAGAUACACUGGUCAGUGUUGUUCAACUGUCUCCUGGUUUCUGGCUGGCACAUUUGCCCUAAUCUUGUGCAACUCUAGUGCCAAAACUUUCUCUGAGGAAACAACUGGUAACUCUAACAAGACACAUUUGUAGUAACUAGUAUAUUUAAUGAGGAAUUGUUUUGGCCACAAAGGGCUUUAUCAAGCCAGUAUAGAGAAUAGAAAAUACUGGAUAUAGAUAGUGAAUCGGGU